GCUCUUUCUUCUUUAUACCAUUAUCACACACAUUAUGAAUUAUCUCGAACCCAACCAAACUGACAAACAGCAUAUGAAGGACACUGAUGCGUCACUCAACAGUGACUACAAGAAGGAGUUUCUAUCGUAUCCAGCUUUGCAGCGUAAAAUCGUACCAUUGGAUAUGCUCAUUAAAGGAAAGAAGUGGUUUAAAAUGCUCAAGCAAACCUUUCGAAGCAAACACAUUGGAGCUAUCCAGGCGGAGUCGAACCAAGUGAACGAUAUCACGGCCGAGCUUCAAGUCCUUCACGAUCAAAAAUAUGCGUUUCUGUUUGAACAGAUCAAAUGUCCUACAGCAUUGCGCUGCAUCAAUGUUGUUACACGUGCGCUGCAGCAUUUUGAUGAUAGUAUUCGGUAUCAUUUUACACCAUCAAGCGAUGAUAAAUACUGGACCGAGGGCGCCCAUGUUAUGGCUCGACAGAUGCAUCAUUAUGUAUGCAAGAAUGAACCAAUAUUGGCGGUACUGCCUGCGUUCCCCUGCAAGUCACCAAAUGCGCAGUUGAAGGUUCUGGGCACCCUACCUGAUCGUGCCGAGGAGAUUGCGCUGAAGAAGCUCCACGCAUUUUGUUCCGAAGUCUCGCAGUAUUAUCCAAAGGGAGCUCAGCUUACCAUCGUAUCUGACGGGCGGGUGUUUGCCGAUCUUGUCGGUGUGGAUGACGAAUUGGUUACCAAAUAUACCGAGUUUUUGAAAACGCACAUUCACGGAGAACAUCAGUUGAAUACUCUACGUUUCAGUAAUCUUGAUGAGCAUUUUGCCAACAACCUGACCGAAAAUGGUACGCAGUCGGUGCAUGAUCGGCAAAGGAGUCGGCUGAUGAAGUCUUACUGCUCGGUGACUCCAAGUAACGAUGUCGUCAUGGUCGGAUUUGUUCGGUAUCUAGCCGACGAUCGGGUGUGGCCGCCAGAGAUGAGUAAAUCGAAAAUCAAGAAGGAGUGCCGCCUCAUUGCCAAAGAAAUGAUUGCCCGUAAUGUAGCCUUUUCGCAGCUGGUGGAAGCAUGUUAUCCGAAUCACGUACGGUUCUCGAUCCAUGGCUAUGACAGCAGCGGUCCCAAAUUCCCUAUCAAUGUUGCUCCCAAUCGUGGAGGCAGUACACCUUGGCAUUCAGUGGCAAUCGACUUGAAGGAUGGAAGACAAUUAUUUGUCCGGCGUACAGUUGCUGAUGAACUGGUGAACGAAGGCCAGCUUGAACUGUAUAACCACCCCAUACACGGGCGUCCUUGGGGAUAUCGUCAGAUAUCGAAUCAAAAGCUUUUAAUUGCUUAGAUCUAUGCAUGCUUUUGUUAAGGUUAUGAAGAUGUAUCAUAGCAAUAAAGCCUUUCUCAAGGUACUUUGUGUUAGAAUAGGAAACUUUUGUUCGGUAAAAAUACUAUAUGCUUCGAUUCUACUGAAAUUAAAUGCAAUAAAGAAGUAUUAUACU